AUGGUUUCCUGUCCAAUAUGUGAGAAAUCUGUUCCCCAGUUGAAGAUCAACGACCACAUCGACUCGGGCUGCCGGAGCUUCACCGAAGAACCAUCGUCCUCUCCAGGGGACUUGUCAUCAUCCCAGAAAGGGCCAGUUCCAAGCAUAUUUCAACCCCCAUCCGCACGCAAAGCUUCCGCCCAAUCGAACGUUCUGAAAGAUUCCCCAUCGCGUCCCACGACGACCCCACGCCCUCUCAACGGCAAGCGAUCGUUUGUCGACGAUGCGGAAUCACCACGCGAAGGAGCAGCGUCAAAACAAAAUGGGGAAUACAAAGAGCCACAAACGAAACGACCGAAGAUCAGCGCCUUCCACAAAGCAGCCCCCCUGGCGGAACGUAUGCGACCCAAGACCUUGGAGGAAGUCUGCGGUCAAGAGCUUGUCGGACCCAAAGGCGUCCUACGCGGGCUCAUCGAGCAGGACAGAGUACCGAGCAUGAUAUUGUGGGGCAGUGCGGGAACAGGCAAAACAACAAUUGCUCGAGUCAUUUCGUCGCUGGUGGGCAGCAGAUUCGUGGAAAUCAACAGUACCAGCAGUGGUGUGGCAGAGUGCAAAAAAAUAUUCGCCGAAGCUCGCAGUGAGCUGGGACUCACUGGGCGGAAAACAAUAAUCUUUUGCGAUGAGAUCCAUCGAUUUUCCAAAUCACAACAGGAUGUCUUCCUAGGGCCCGUGGAGAGUGGCCAGGUCACGCUCAUCGGAGCCACCACGGAGAACCCAUCCUUCAAAGUUCAAAAUGCGCUACUCUCGCGUUGUCGGACAUUUACCCUUGCAAAACUCACCGAUGAGGAUAUCAGUUCCAUUCUUCACCGUGCCCUUCGGGUAGAGGGCCCAAAUUAUUCACCGUCCGAGUUGGUGGAUGAAGAGUUGAUUCAAUAUCUCGCCAGAUUCGCCGACGGGGAUGCUCGAACCUCGCUGAAUCUGUUGGAGCUGGCGAUGGACUUGUCAAAGAGACCUGGAAUGGACAAAGACGAUCUCAAAAGCUCUUUGACCAAGACACUUGUGUAUGACCGUGCUGGCGACCAGCAUUAUGAUACGAUCUCCGCUUUUCACAAGUCCAUCAGAGGAAGCGAUCCUGAUGCAGCACUCUAUUACCUUGCUCGCAUGAUCCAAUCAGGCGAAGAUCCUUUGUAUAUCUCUCGGAGGUUGAUCUGUGUCGCUUCUGAAGACAUUGGCCUCGCCGACAACACCAUGCUAUCACUCGCUAUAGCCACACAUUCUGCCGUUGAAAAGAUUGGACUCCCAGAAGCACGAAUUAAUUUGGCACACGCUACCGUGGCGAUGGCGCUAUCGAAGAAAAGCACCCGUGCGUACCGCGGAUUGAACAACGUCUUCGCUGCUUUGAAUGAGCCAGGGAUCGCGGGCUUGCCUGUUCCAGUUCAUCUGAGGAAUGCGCCAACAAAGCUCAUGAAGGAGCUGGGUUAUGGUGCGGAAUACAAGUACAAUCCCAACUAUAUUGACGGUAAGGUUCAACAAGAUUACCUGCCAGCGAAACUCCUCGGUCGUACUUUCCUGGAGGACUUGGACUUGGGUACUCAGAGAGACCCUGACUUGAAUAUUACCCGUCAUCGGAGCAAUUGA